AUGAGCACAAUAGACUUUCCUUCACGCACCACAGCUGCAUCUACACAAAGGGCUUUUCACGGAGACGCGUGGUGCAACAACGCCCCCCGGAGGACACCCACGCGCCCUGCAGGACAGACACGCUCACACAGACACACACACAUACACUGGCUCCAUCGCGUGGACAGAGCACAAAGAGAAGAACCUGAGGAGAAGAACCUGAGGAGAAGAGCUCUUCACUUGAUAAGUCUGACGUGGAACAAAUUCCUCUUGAGAUUAAAGAUCUGA